GCGCGACUGAAACCUUCAACCCAAUCUUGAUCCAACAAUUCCACAAUCUUUUCGCAAUCCAUAUCGACUGCCGUUUCGUGAGCUCAGAAGCUGAACCUCAAUAUUCAAGCUAUCAAGGAAGAUACAUCCGCAACUUCGACCGCCAUCAACAUGGCGACCGACACUUACCUCGGCGGAGCAACGCCAACCUCGCUCCUCGCCUCCCAGCUCCUCACGCACACAUCGCCCUCCUACACCUUCACCUUCACUCCCUUUCUCCAACGCACCUACCAACACAGUCUGCGUUCCGACCGCCCAAUAUGCAAAGCCUUCCUGGCCGGCAACUGCCCGCUCAAAUCCCGCUGUCCCGACCGACACACCCUGCCGCCCGGCGGAACCACCGCAACCACCCAAUCCACCGGCCACGGACAUCAUCAUCGAGAAGGCGGCGGCGGCGGUUUCGGCUCGCUAGUCUGCAAGCACUGGCUGCGGGGCCUCUGCAAGAAGGGCGAGACGUGCGAGUUUCUGCACGAGUACAACCUGCGCAAGAUGCCCGAGUGCAAUUUUUUUGUGCGCAACGGCUACUGCAGCAACGGCGACGAGUGCCUGUACCUGCAUAUCGACCCGUCCUCCCGCCUGCCGCCCUGCCCCCACUACGAGCGCGGCUUCUGCCCGCUCGGCCCGCGCUGCGACAAGAAGCACGUGCGCCGGCGCAUGUGCGAAUACUACCUCGCCGGGUUCUGUCCGGAUGGCAAGGCGUGUCGGAUGGGGGCCCACCCGAAAUGGGUCAAGGAGGAGGAUUUGGAGAGGCCUAGAGUCAAGGAGGAAAAAACGGAGGAUAGUGGGGUGCAGGAGGAGAGGGAGAGGGAGAUGCAGAUGCAUAGAGAGAGGGAGAUGGAGAGGGCCGGGAGGGACAGGGAUAGGGAUGGAGACCGGGGCCAUGAGGGCCGGCAUAAGGAUCGGUUUGGUGGAGGGAGAGGCGGGCGGUGGCGGGGGAAGGGUGGACGGUUUCGGGGGAGGGGUCAUUAA